CGCCGCUCGCUCGCUGGCGCCGCUGCGCUUUGAGGUGUGUUGGGAGUGGAGGACCUGGGCCCUGUGAGGCGCGGCGCUGCGGGAUGUGGCGGCGGCUGUGGCGGGGCCGCGGGCCAGGCGGGCGGGCGCGGUGAUGAGUGUCUGCGGCCGCCGCCUUGUCCAAGGUAACGGCGCCCGGGUCCGGGCCGCCGGCGGCGGCGAGCGGGAAGGAGAAGCGCUCCUUCAGCAAGCGGCUGUUUCGGAGCGGCUGCGCUGGCGGCGGCGGCGCGGGGGACUCUGGGGCGUCCGGGCCGGCCGCGCCCUCCUCGCCCUCUUCUGCACGCUCCGUGGGCAGCUUCAUGAGCCGCGUUCUCAAGACGCUGUCCACGCUUUCGCACUUUAGCUCUGAGAGCGCCGCCCCGGACCGCGGCGGCCUCUGCAGCUGCUUCCCGCCGUGCCCGCCGCCGCCGUGCCCGCCGCCACCCGCCUCUCCCGCGCCGCCAAGCCGGUGCCCGGCGUGGCGGGGCUCCGCAACCACUGCAACACGUGCUUCAUGAACGCCAUGCUGCAGUGCCUCAGCAACACCGAGCUCUUCGCGGAGUGCCUGGCGCUGGGCCAGUACCCGGCGGGGCGGCCUGAGCCCUCGCCAGACCCCGAGCAGCUUACGGGCCGCGGCGCGCAGGGCCAGGGCGAGGUCACUGAGCAGCUGGCGCACCUGGUGCGGGCCCUCUGGACCCUGGAGUACACCUCGCAGCACAGCCGCGACUUCAAGACUAUUGUGUCAAAGAAUGCACUGCAGUACCGGGGAAAUUCCCAGCAUGAUGCCCAGGAGUUUCUGCUGUGGCUUUUGGACCGAGUUCAUGAAGACCUCAACCAUUCAGUGAAGCAGAGUGGCCAGCCUCCUCUGAAGCCACCGUCAGAGACUGAUAUGAUGCCUGAGGGACCAUCUUUUCCUGUCUGUAGCACUUUUGUACAAGAACUCUUUCAAGCCCAAUAUAGAUCUUCUUUGACGUGUCCUCAUUGUCAGAAACAGAGCAACACUUUUGAUCCUUUCCUUUGCAUUUCUUUGCCAAUUCCUCUACCCCACACAAGGCCUCUCUAUGUCACUGUAGUGUAUCAAGGCAAAUGUUCUCACUGCAUGAGGAUUGGUGUGGCCGUACCUCUGUCUGGGACUGUUGCCAGACUUCGGGAAGCAGUGUCUAUGGAAACAAAGAUCCCCACUGAUCAGGUUUGAGGAUACAUGUGAAAGUUUGUUACAUAAAGAUGUGUCACAGAGGUUUGUUGUACAUAUCAUUACAUCACCCAGGUAUUAAGCUCAGCCCCCAAUAGUUAUCUUUUCUGCUCCUCUUCCUCCUCCUGCCCUCCCCCGUCAAGUAGACUCCAGUGUCUGUUAUUUCCUUCUUUCUGUUUGUAAGUUCUUAUCAUUUAGCUCCCACUGAUACGUGAGAACAUGUGGUGUUUGGUUUUCUGUUCCUGCAUUAGUUUGCUGAGGAUAAUAGCCUCCAGCUCCAUCCAUGUUCCCACAAAAGACACGAUCUUGCUCUUUUUUAUGGCUGCAUAAUAUUCCAUGGUGUAUAUGUACCACAUUUUCUUUAUCCAGUCUGUCAUUGACAGGCAUUUAGGUUGGUUCCAUGUGUUUGCUAUCGUGAACAGUGCUGCAAUGAACAUUCACGUGUAUGUGUCUUUAUGGUAAAAUGCUUUAUAUUCCUCUGGGUAUACACCCAGUAAUGGGAUUGCUGGGUUGAUGGUAGUUCUUCUUUUAGCUCAGAAAGGCAAUAUUCAAAGACAGGAGAAUAAACUGGGGUGAGAGAGAGAAGGAGUGAAGAAAGGAGAAAAGAAGAGAGAAGAGAGAGGAAGAGAAGGUUCUAUGGAGCUCUAAGUGUUCUAUCUGGUCUGCCCUGAGUUAGUAGAGGAAUAAGAAUAAAGAAAAAAACUGUUGCUAGUCCUCUACGGCCCAUCACACACAUGGGUGAAUCAAAUGGGCAAAGCAAGAGUAGAAUUUUACACCACCAUGCCGUAAACCUGGAUUGUUUUGACUGUUGAGCAUCUCCUCUCUCUUUUCUUUCUUUCUUUCUUCCUUCUUUCUUUCUUUCUUCCGGCAGUUGCUAAGGUUCAAGGUGAAGGGAUCAUGGACUUCAUCACUCAACAUGAGAAAUAGGUUACAACCACCUGUCCUCAGCCUCCCAAGUAGCUGGGACUACAAGCAUGUGCCACCAUGCCUGGCUAAUUUUUUAAAUUUUUUGGAGAGACUGGGUCUCACUAUGUUGCCCAGGCUGGUCUUGAAUUCCUGGGCUCAAGUGAUCCACCCGCCUUGGCCUCCCAAAGUGCUGGGAUUGCAGAUGUGAGCCACCGGGCCCGGCUGGUGACACUGGUAUUUUUAAAAAGGUACUCAGUGAUUUCAAUGUGUAGCUAGAGCUGAGAAUCACUCCUUCAGACUAAUAAAGAAGGUCAAUGGCUAUUAAUGCAACUUCCCUAAAGAAUUAAGUUAAAGUCUAUGUGUAAGUUUGUCUCUUGUCAACAUAGAGUCUAGUUUACUUCUAAUUUUGAUUAUAAAAUAGGAAAGUACUUUCCUAUACUAUAAAAAAGUUUGCUUUAAAAGUCCCAGGACUGAUUUAUUAUGACCUUGAGAUUUAAAAACAUUUAUUAUUGGAAACCAUGUUUGUUUGAAUGUUUAUUGUAGAAAAGUCCAUUUUUCCUUUUAAGGUCAUAGACUAAAUUUGUUACAGGAGGUUGAUUUUGUGUUCUAAGCCUGUGAUCAUUAACUUUUCCAGCUCUACCAGGUAGGGUAUUGAACCUUUUCUUAUUUGAUAUUCAAAUAAAUUCUCCUUUACCAAAAUGUUAUUUUGCAAAUAACUAAGUGAUUCUAAUGGAUUAACUUUAAAAUGCAAUGCCAAAUUUUGAUUUUCCAUGAAUGAAUAAUUUGAAAGAAAUUUCUCUGUUCACUACAUAUACGCCAGAAAGAAUAUCAGCCUUGGCUUUUGAUACAUUUUAAAUUCCUGGUUCAAGUUUCUUAUGCGGCCAAACUGUUCUCAGUGACCUGGGCUUCUGUAAAAUGUCCCUGAUUCCUUUCAUAAAAUGCUUAGUUUGGCUUAUGCUGCUCGAGUGAGUUUCUGUUACCAUCUUUGAUAAAGACAAUCAUUAAUCCUGACAGCAGCCUUGCAAAGUGAGUCUUAUUAUUCCCAUUUCACAGAUGGAUAGUCUGAGUUCUUGGGUACUGGGAAACUUGCUCAAGUCCAUACAAUUAGGCACUGGUAGUCCCUAGACAACAACCCAGAUCAGAUCUACUUGACCCCAAAGCUGAUGAGUUUCCACCCUCACAGAAGGUCCUAAUAUGGCACAUUGCUUUUUUUUUACAUUGGGAUAUGAUUCAUGUCUUAUAAAACUCACCAUUUAAAAGUGUAUAAUUUAGUGGGUUUAGUGUAUUCUCAAGAUUUUUCAACUAUCACCACUGUCUAAUUCUAGGAUGUUUUCAUCACCCCCCAACCCCAGACCUUCUACCAUUCAGCAGCCACUCUUUCACUCCUGUCCCCCAGCCUCUGGCAACCACUAAUUUACUUUCUGUCUCUAUGGAUUUGCCCAUUCUGGGUAUUUGAUAUACAUGGAGUCAUACAAUAUGUGGCCUUUUGUGUCUUGGUUCUUUCACGAAACACAGUGUUUUCUAAUUUCUAAUUUCUACAUCUCUGUUGUAGAAUAUAUCAGUACUUCAUUUCUUUUUAUGGCUAAAUAACAUUCCAUUGUAUGGAUAGACCCCAUUUUGUUUAUUUAUCUGUUUACAGACAUUUUGAUUAUUUCCACCUUUUGGCUACUAUAAGAUACAUUUUUAAAAUAACAUUGUUAUAGAAGUCUCAUUUUCCAAAUUAAACAGAAGGGCAGGUCCUGUUUCACACACUUUUUUUUUUGUAUUAAAAAUAUAUGAGGGCUCUUCCAGUUGCUAUUACUGGGUAGCAAAUCACACCAAUUUUUAGUGCGAUAAGCCACAAUUUUAUUACACUCACAGAUCCUGUAGGUCAAGAAUCAGACCAGAGAGAGUGGCUUCCUCUGCUUCAUGAUGUCUGCGGACUCAGCUGGGAAAACUCAAAAGUUGAGGGUGACUUGAUGGCUGGGGACUAAAGGCAUCUAGAGGAAUCUUCUGUCACAUGCCUGUAUUUCAUACUCACUGUUAGCUGAGACUUCAGCUAGCCAGUUAGCCAAAACGUCUGCAUGUGGCCUCUCUAGGUGGUCUCUUCAGGUGGGCUAAUAGGACUUCCUCACAACAUGGUAGCUGGUGUCCAACAGUGAGUAGCUCAAGAAAACAAGGAGGAAGUGCAUACGUUUUUUAUGCUCUAGCCCUGGAAAUCAAAUAGUGUGUUUUCUGCUGUGAUCUUAAUGAUUGAGGCAGUUUCUAAGGUUAAAAGGGGAGGGAUCACGGACUUCAUCACUCAACACGAGAAAUAAAAGGUCACAUUAUGAGAGCAUGUGGUAUGGGAGAUAUCACUGUGGCCACCUUUGGAAAAAAAACCAUCUGCCACAAGGACCUUGCACUGGGCCUGUGACAGGUAUCCAGUAGAUCCUUAUUUAAUUAAAUAUAUUCAUGCUUAUCAACAAAUUACAUAUUGGCCUGCCUGCUUGUUUGUUCAUGAAUCCAUCUCCUCCUUCAGAAAUGACCCCUUCCUGGGCAUUAUUCUAAUGCUUUUAUUUCUUAACUUCUGCAUUUUCCUAGCUUAGGCAAAUCACUUUACUUCUCAGAGCCUCAGUUGUCUUACCCAUGUGGACAAACACCCUUGUUCCCACUCUACAAAAUUAGUUUGGGAAUUCAAUGGGCUAGGUUAUAAAUAGUGCUUACUUUAGAUGUUGUUUGGAGGUAAAUGUUCAAUAAAUGAUUAUUAUUAUUGCUGUUGUGAUUACCUGAAUGUA